CAUUAUCAUUGCUGCAGUGUCUCUUCUGGAGCACUUUUGACUUCCUCUGUUAACUAAUCAGUUCAGCUUUGUUCAGAGAAUUGAGUCGUUGUGCUCCACUGCGGCUGGCGACUGCCUACGUACUUGAUGAUAGUCAUUUAGAUAACUUAUUUAUACUAAUUAACCCGACCGACCCGCCCCUCACAUCUCCGCUUCAGCAUGCAUAUGGCCACUCUCUCAUCAUGACUUCUUCCAAACCUGCACCACAAGCUCAGAUCUACCCUGGGAAAGGGCUGGGGUUCAUAACUCUGGGAGCUUCCCUCCACAAUGUGCUCAGCCGCGUCAAGUCCCAUCCCCAGACAUACCCCGCAAUAGAUAUCGCAUAUUCGUCCUCUGAACCCCUCUGCAAGCCAGUAACCCUACAACUUCCAUCCAGUGGCCUUCGUCUACGGUUUGAUGGUCCAGACCAAAGACUGCGACUGAUUGAAGUGCUUGACUUUUCCAAGAUCACCCUCGUCUACAAAAACCAGGAGGUGCUCAAGGGCGUCAAGCCACAAGAACCAUCUGUUGCACAGCAAGGGCCCAACUUUCGACACGUUUAUAAUCGUUUGUUUGGCCCGUCUUACCCUGGAGAGUAUAUCCCUCCUGAAACCCUCCAAUCACCUUAUGGCACAUACGUUUUAUCCUAUCCCGGUGUUGCUUUCAGCUUUCCGCUACAGAACUCAGCAUGGUCGGAUCAGUGUGAUUUUGUAGCAUUGCUUUCAUCGUCAGCUGCUCUACCCGCAACUUCCAUGUCCAUUUUUCAAGGGUCGUCAUGGCCAGAAGCUCGAAACAAACUGUUUACCCAACAGCCCCAGUACCCCCGGUCGCCGGCGUUGAUUGGUAAAAGCCGGGAAUUCGUCCCCGACGAGAUCGAGGAGUUCUUCAUUUUUGGAGCUGGCAAGAUCGAAGCAAUUCGACGAUCAACGCCCCCGGUUCAGAUAACAUUGUCCAAAACGACUCCGCAGGAUCUCAUCGCAGAGUUCGGGCCCCCCGACGCGAUUUACCGUAAGAAUGACCGGCGGAUAGCUAUCCAUCGCGCCGCAGGCCGUAGCGCUGGCGAGGAUCCUCUUCAUAUGGGUCCAUCUUCAGGGCGCGGAAUCGAUGUCACAGAUCUUGAUCAUUCUUCUGUCAACAGUGUGACUGACGACUCGGAUGACGAAGCUUCCCAGGCCCCGGCGCUGGAUCCUUCCUCUCUUCCCAGCGAAUGCUUUUUCAAUUACUUCCACCAUGGCUUUGAUGCCUUUAUCUCGUAUCCAACCGCACCUGGCCCCGCGUUCCCCGGAUCGGACCUCCCAGAUCCAACCCCGCCUUCACCGUCUACCCAGUCAGUGGUGACCAAAAUAAUACUACAUGGAAAUGUACCAGGCUCGUAUCCCUUCAACCGGCACCGUCGCAGUCGCUGGAAGAUCGUUCACAACCCGGCCCGCGAAGCUCUCACGUCUGAAACUCGUUACGAGGAAAUUUCGGAGCAGCUCCGGUCGGUCUGGAAGGGAGCCUACGCAAAUGCUGCUGAGGAACAUGCCCUGCAAAGACCCAUGAUCCUGAACCGGGGUUGGGGUGACAGUCCUGAAAGCAGUGUCGAGUUCCUGGGCGGAUGGGAAGAGAGUACCGGUAAGGGACAGAGAACGGGGCAGGAUGGCCAUGAUGGAGGCUUGGGGAAUACGGAGUUAUUUGGGUUCCCGGGCUUGCUAUUUGAGGUCAUGAAGAAUGGGGCAUUUCCUAUGGCGGAUCUGCCACGGACGCUCGCUCGGUCCUGGUCGUCGACGCUCAAGCUCCCCAAGUCGACGUUCCCCGCACGCGUGACGCCGGCCGAUCAGGCCAAAUACCUUCGUCGAUGCACGGACGAUCUUUACGCCUGGCAACAGCGUGAGCGCCCGGCCAACCGGCCGUUUGUGCUGCACGAUGGACCUCCCUACGCGAACGGUGAACUACACGUCGGCCAUGCGCUGAACAAAAUCACCAAGGAUAUCAUCUGCCGCGUGCAACUGGGGCUGGGGCGGCAGGUGCGCUACGUGCCGGGAUGGGACUGUCACGGACUGCCCAUUGAGCUCAAGGCCCUCGAGGCGCAGAAAGAGCUUUCAAACGAGGACGGGACAACGGCUGUCAGCGCGGCGGUGAUUCGCAAAGCGGCCCGCAAACUGGCGGACAAGACGGUCAAGACCCAGAUGAAGGGCUUCCGCAGCUUUGCGGUCAUGGCUGACUGGGAUAAUCACUGGAAAACGAUGGAUAAGGCGUUCGAGAAGCGCCAGCUGGGCGUCUUUCGGGAAAUGGUGGAAAAGGGACUUAUCUACCGGCGGUUCAAGCCGGUCUACUGGUCGCCCUCAACGGGCACGGCUCUGGCUGAAGCGGAAUUGGAAUACAAGGAUGAUCAUGUGUCUACGGCGGCGUUGGUCAAGUUCCCGCUCGCGCAGAUCCCGGAACAUCUCGCUCAGGAUCCCUUGCUACAAGGUAAGGAAGUCAGCGCGGUCAUUUGGACCACGACGCCGUGGACGCUACCCGCAAACGCGGCGAUUGCAGUUCACGAGUCUUUGGAAUAUGCAAUUGUCGAGUCGGAAACGCAUGGUCAUCUACUUAUCGCGCAGUCCCGCCUGGAAUACUUGGAAAGUGCACUGAAGGAGGAUUUAUCGGUCAUUGUGCCGGCGAUCCUCGGCUCUCAGUUGGCUGAUCAGACUACGUACCGACCCCUGUUCAAGGAAGUUGCAGCUGAACCGCAGCCGAUCAUCGCGGCGGACUUCGUGACGGCGGACUCGGGAUCGGGUCUUGUGCACUGCGCCCCCGGUCACGGUAUGGAAGAUUACGAAGCCUGUCUCUCUCGUGGAAUCCCCGCUUUUGCGCCCGUCAACGACCAUGGUCGAUUCACCGACAAGGCGAUGCCCGUCGACCCCGAGAGGCUCAGCGGGAAAAGCGUCCUGGACGAGGGUAACGCGGCAGUGUUGGAAUAUGUCGAGUCGCAAGGUCAACUCCUUAGUCAGCAUACGUACGAGCACAAAUACCCCUACGACUGGCGAUCCAAGCGCCCGAUCAUCAUCCGAGCUACCGAGCAGUGGUUCGCCGACGUGGCCGACAUCCGUGGCCAUGCUUUGGAGGCGCUGAACGACGUCAACUUUGUCCCAAGCUCCGGUCGGCAACGCCUGGAGAAUUUUGUGAAGAACCGCAGUGAAUGGUGUAUCUCCCGUCAGCGCGCCUGGGGCGUUCCCAUUCCUGCUCUCUAUCACCGGGGUACUGGUGAGGCGGUGCUCACAAAGGACAGCGUGACUCACAUAAUGGGUGUGACCGAGGAACGUGGCAUCGACGCAUGGUGGACGGAUGAGGCCAACGACGAGGCGUGGGUCCCUCCUUCGCUUCGGGACGCAUCCGGCCCUGGGUACCGACGAGGAACCGACACGAUGGAUGUGUGGUUUGAUAGCGGAACCAGCUGGGCCGAAGUGGAUGUUCCUUACCGGGACGAUGGCCGCCCGGCCGACGUGUACUUCGAAGGGAGUGACCAGCACCGCGGCUGGUUCCAGUCCGGGCUGCUCACCUUCAUCGCUCACCAGCUCGCCUCGGGACAGACUGCUUCCCCGCGGGCCCCGUUCAAGCACCUCAUCACCCACGGGUUUACCCUAGAUGAAGAAGGUCGCAAGAUGAGCAAGUCCAUUGGCAAUGUGAUGCUACCGCAUAUGAUCAUGGACGGAACGCUUCUGCCACCCUUGAAGCCGCGAAAAGGCAAGGGGAAGAAGCAGACCGAGAAUCAGGCCCCUGUGUACGACGCGCUUGGGCCAGAUGCUCUCCGCAUGUGGGUGGCCAGCAGUGACUACACGCGCGACGUGGUCAUUGGGAAGCAGGUGCUGCAAACUGUGAACACCAGUCUGCACAAGUAUCGGGUGACAUUCAAGCUUCUGCUGGGCGCCUUGUCCGACUUCCGCCCUGCGUACCGGGUCUCCUACGAUGAACUGCAACAGGUAGACCGUAUGGCAUUGAAGCACUUGUCCGAUAUGGUCUUGACAUGCCAGAAGGCCUGUCAGAAUUUUGAGUUUUACAAGGCUGUAAACACGAUCAACCGCUGGGCUAACCAGGAGUUCUCUGCCUUCUACAUGGAGGCCAUCAAGGACCGUCUCUACACCUAUGGCGAGAACAGUGCGAGCCGCCGGGCUGCGCAAACUACACUGUUCCACAUCUACCAGCAUUUCCAGGAAAUUCUGGGACCCAUCACCCCCAUGCUUGUGGAGGAGACGUGGGAGCACACCCCGGAGGCGAUCAAGGCCGAAAGCGAACAUCCACUGCAGCGAGUUGUUUCAGCCCCGGCUGCGGAGUGGCAGAAUGAGGGUCUCGCAUCCGACUACCAGGAACUGGUGGCUGUCCACUCUGUGGUUAAGGCAGUCCAGGAACAGGCCCGCGGACAAAAGCAAAUGGGAUCCUCUCUCCAGUCCUUUGUGCACAUUGUUUUGCCGGAGAACACGACGCCUGAGUCAGUGUUCCACCGGGAUCUGUCUGAAUUACCCGACUUUUUUGUGGUGUCAUCGGUCAGCCUUGGCGUCCAGGGAGAGCCGAUCCCCGAGUCGGUCGCGCAGGCGGAGUGGCAGCACAGCGAGGGAUAUGAGCUCUCGAGUGGGGCCAAGGGAACGGUGUAUGUGUAUAGUCCGCAGGCGGGUAAGUGUCCUCGGUGCUGGCGCUAUGUGGUUGCGGAGAGUGAAGCGGCGGAAGAGACGGUGUGCGGUCGCUGCGAGGGAGUGGUGCAAGAGCUGGAUGCAGCAGCAGCAGCAGCUGCUGCUGCAUGAGUGGUCAGUUCCUUGGUCUUCAUGUAUUGUAUGUCUCUGUAUAUUAUAGGUUAAUUAUCGC